GACGGGAUUGGGACCGAAUCUGUCUUUAUUAAUGAAAUCUCGCCGCAGACUGCAGCAUUACCAGAGCAGCACUCGGCAGGGGACUCCGAUGUGGCCUUCGAAUGUCAACCCCCCUGCCACCAACUGUCAGUAGAGUCCAGAUUUGGAGAAUGGACGAUGUUUUCGCAGCUGUGCCGAGCUAGACCAAGGGCACUUUGGGAAAAAAUAGCAACACGACAAACUGCCACAGACGUGAGAAAUUUGGAAGGUGACGUCCGUCAGCAGGCCGAUUUCGGUUCUGACGACCACCGCUGUCAACUGGAACAUUGCACUUUCUGCGAUUAUAGGAUCUGCUGCCAGGUGACAUCCGCUUACAACAAAGAAAAUUCAGAUCUACAGUCAGAUCCUUGCCUUAAAGCAACCGAGAAUCCAGCUUACGGAUUAUCAGCAAAAAACUGGUUGGAAAUAAGCGAUGACAACGAUGGAGAAUCUGCAUCCUCAGUUGUGAAUGAAAACAUGGAGACCUCUUUAAGUGACACCCAGCAAAACAAAGAAUUAAAUCUAGCCAAUGUCCGUAUGAUCUCCAACCUUAAAUGUGCUAGUCAACCUGAUCGAGACUGUGAUGGUACCACUAUACCAAUGAAAAUGAAUCUCUCUACCCAAAGCCACAAUCAGUCAAAUCCAGAGACAAGGAGUCAACGCCUCGAAGCUAUCAAUGAGAGGCCGAAACUUGACAAAACCACCGAUCAGAAACACGGCGGCCUCACCUGGUCAGUGUUGAAACACCGACAGAUCAUCGGUGAUGCUUCCGAAAACUGUGAUAAAUCUAAUUCUUGUGUGAUAGAACAUUCUAUAAGUGAUAUAAUAUUAAGUGAAAAGGGAGGGAUCGACAUUAAGUCAAAAAGACAUGCAAAAGAUAGGUCUUUUCCUCUGUCUCUCAUGAAGCCCAUAGCAAAAAUUGGUGAAAAGAAGUUAGAUAUUCCCUCUCAGCAGUCAAGCCACGCCUUCAAGUCUGAUCUUACCAGGCAGAGACCAGUUCAGAAAACAUCUUGUUCUAAAUUCGCUCCGGCUCCGAGUCGGAACAAAGGUGAUGAGACGCACAGGAAAUCUUCUAGUGAUAUUUUGGGAGAUGUCAAAAAUCCUUUGUCAACCAUCACCCAGAUUAAGACAGAAGAAAGCAUCCAGGAAUGGUUAGCCAGAAUCAGCGAUUCUUCCAAUGGGCUCUGUGAAGAUGACAUUCAUGAAAGCAGCAAGCAGUCCACCAUUCGAUCUGCUUGGGACAUUCAUGAUUCUAAAGAAAAGGAGACGUUAAAGAAUAAACUGAAGAAUGAAACAGCUCAGGUCAUCAACAAGGGACUUCAAGAAGCGCUGGAAAUGUCUCACAAUAGCAAAAACUACAAUAGCAGCGAAUCUAAAUCUCACUAUGAUGGAGAUUAUUCAUCCCCGGAUGACGACAGCGCAGACACAGUCAGUUUGUUGUACAGUGCUUCGAAAGCCUCGCCAGCCAAUAUACCCAUGGUGGUUAUGCAGUGCUCCAGAUUACAUUCUCACAUUGGCAGUAAGCCACCGUUCCAGCAGACUUCCCUACCGAUGGGGACUCUCGUAACAGCGCUGUACCAGGAGUCGGAUUGGCUUUACGUACAAACACCUCAUGGAGUCGAAGGCUUCGUAAUAGCCACCAACUGCGUACCGAUCGGCACCACCAACGAUCCGGGCCAGACUUCGAGGAGACCUUGGGAGCCCUGCGACUUCCCAAUUGAGAUAAACGUGCGCAAGAAAUACGAAUUCGGAAGACAACAAGGAGCUUAUAUUCCAGCUAAACUGCCCACCAAUAACAAGCAAGCAGCACCUUAUGUGAACACAGUAAAAAUGAAGACUAAUUUCUACAGUGACCGGUACUUCAGCCACACCUUCAAAUCGAAAGAUUCCAUAAAAACUGCUAAAACUGUGACGGACAUCCUACGAAAUUCUCCUGAGACUAAAGUGUCCAACCAGUGACGGCUAUGAAUUUAAUGAUUCUAAGUCAAUGUUUCAAUGUCCAUUAAAACACUCCUCACUUGAAAGCAGGUUUAAAAUUUUAAUUUUGAGUAAUUAAUUGCAUUAUAACUAAUAAUUAUUACAUUUUAUGAAUCAAAUUACAUCGAACAGUGUUUGUCGUGCCUCAUUUUAUUAUCAAUUCAAUUAAUGAAUUCCCGAUUUAAAAUUUUAAUACUAUUCCUGUAAGCAAUAUUUCAUAGAACAAAUGCUUGUUUGUGCAUAAAAUGAGAUACACAAAAGAAUAUGGUUUACAUUAUCCAAUUGUGUAAGCUUUGAAGGUUAUUUAUUACGUUAAGAGUUAGCAGUAAAAUUCUCUUAAGGUUUCGCUGAUGGCCUCAAACCAGUAAAAAUCUAUCAAAUGCUGACUGGAAUUAUAUACCCACCUUUUACUCGUGUAGUCGAAACAGAUCUACAUUGUUUAUUCUGCAUUGUUGUACGAAGUUUCAGGAUCUUCUUCAGAAACAUAUUCACAGCAGAAUAUUUUUCAAUAAGAAAUUUCAUAUAUAUUAAUGUAUAUUUUAAGUAGGUUUUCCAACUGAUUUCUGGAGUAAUCAAAUACCAAGAAAUUUUGAUAAUUAUCAAUCAAUGACUGCCGUUUUUUACAUUUCGAGCUAUUUUUUUGUGUGUCUAUUUUGGAAUUGUUUCAUAUGCUCUCUGUAUGAAG